GUGAGAGUCGGUAUAAAAGGGGAUUUCUUUCCUCUCCCGGGAUCGCAGUCGAUCUCGCUCGUUUGCGACUAUCUCUCCGUGCGUCGGACGUUUUACGUUGAUCCCGAGUCGUACGAGGUGCACAUUUCGCGAGACAGGAUGAAGUACAUGGUGUUAGCGAUGAUUCUCGGCCUGGCUGUGGCUCAGGAGCCGAAUUAUCACGGGCGCAACUACCAGCAGGACGAUGGACAAGUGGCUGAUAGCAGACGGCCUACAUCCACUACGCCCAUCCCGAUCCUCCAUUGGAAUAAGCAGCAAGAGCACGACGGAACCUACAAGACUAGUUACGAAACGGGCAACAACAUCAUCGCCGAGGAAAGCGGCUACAUCAAGACCAUCGGCGAAGGUGAAGACCGGGCGGAGGCGAUCGUGCAGCAGGGCACUUUCUCGUACACGAGUCCCGAGGGACAGCUGAUCACCAUUCACUACACCGCCGACGAGACCGGCUUUCACGCGCAGGGUGAUCACAUUCCCACGCCGCCGCCCGUCAGCGAGGAGAUUCAGAAAGGCCUCGACCUCAUCUACGCGGGCAUCCGUCAGCAAGAGGAGGAAGAAGCCCGUGCCGCGGCCCAAAAAACUCAUCAGCCGUUGAACCAACAGGUCGACAGGCGGGAUGACUACGACAGGAAGUACCGGCAGUGAGACCGGAGCACUGUCGGUGCUCUUCAGCAAUACAUAUCCGCAGCACUGUAUCGUACUUAUUAAGAAGUAGCGAUUAAGUUGUUAAGUUACGUUAUCCCCCUCGCUCUCCAAAUACACUCUCCAUUGUGUGUACAUUUGUAAUAAGAGACAUCGAGAUACUA